GUUAAUCGAACAGUUGUUGGAGGGAAACAUUUCAAAUCCAACAACCAGAGGUCUGGUGGAAAAACACUUGGAUCAGGAGGUCUUGAGUGGCAAUUUGGUAAAACUUUCUAGCGGAAAUUAUUCUCUUUCUGAUUCAUCAAAAGAGGGUGGUGAAACUGAUUCCAAGAGCAAGCAUUCGUCCAGUGAUAGCAGUACAAACGGCUCACCUGUCAAAAUGUAUGACUUGGAUGAUAACACCAUGGAUCAAGAUUCUAGAUCUAAUUCAUUAAAGUCAUCCAGACACGCUAGCCCCAAGACUGAAAUGGAUAAAAUUAAAAACGGAAACUAUCUUGAUAGCAUUGUUGGAAAGGAUUUGAUGACGGAAAAUGACAGAUAUAAACAGUCUAAUGGUGAUGGAUAUCGUAAGGAAGAUACUGCUAGGCAAAACGGAAGAAUGUCUAAUGAAAAAAAGGAAGAAGCUAAAAAUGUGGCUGUGCAUCAAUCUUACCACAAAAAAUCCAAAGCUGAGAGAAAACAAAGGCUGUGUGUGAGGAGUGAUGACUCCAUGGAUUUAAUGUUUAAUGAUAAAGAAAUAAAUUACAAAGAUGAAAACGAUGAGAACGACAGAAUGAGUGAUGAUGGGGAGUGCGAUCAAGAUGCUGGUAGAAGUUCAGCUAAUGUAUCUCCCACACCUUCUCAAACUAAUGCUGGAAGUUUUCGUAGUGCUAGAAGAAAGAGAGCGAGAAAAGUAUUUGAUCCGUCAGACAAUUUAAUUGUAAAGAAAAAAAGAGGAAGGUAUUCAAAUGCUGUUAGAGCCGCAAUGGCGAGCGCUCAACAACAAGAAUUACAAGAAGCUGCCAAAGUAACAAUUGUGAAAGAAAAUACCAAGGGCUCUCACAGACAGUGCAACGAGUGUUCAAAAGAAACAGACGAAGCUCUGAUGGCUUGUCGUGACUGUACAGUACGAGUCCAUCCUUCAUGUGUUUACACUCCAGAGGAAAAAGCUCUCAAAGCUCGCACGAGCUGGCAAUGUGAUAAUUGCAAAAGCUGUGCAACUUGUUACGAAACUAAAUUCAAUGGUCCAAUGGUAACUUGUUACAACUGUAACGACUCAUAUCAUUAUGGUUGUCAUACACCAAGAGUAACUUCGUCAAAAAAUAAAUGGUUUUGUUGCAAUUGCAAUCCAAAACGGGAGAAGCCAUUAAAAAGUUCGAACUCAAACUUGAUAAAAAAUAAAAUAGAGCAGCAAUUGAAUAAAAAUAGUAAUAGUGUUCCAGUAAUUGUAAAAACACGAGAAUCGCCCGUAAAAAGUGUACCAGAAAUUGUAGAUGAUGAUGUGCAAAAUGUUUCGAUUAAUGACCAUGGCCCUCCAGUAGAUCUAACUAUACCCGAUGUCACGGAUUGGGAUGAAGAUCAAGUGUAUCGCUAUUUUGUAAGACUUUUUCCCAAGGAUGCCGAAGUUUUUAGAUCACAGCAAAUCGAUGGCAUCGCUCUCAAGCUUUUAACAAAAAAUGAAAUAUACAACCGUUUCACGUCAAUAGUUUUUGGCACGAGGGUUAAAAUUUGGAUGCAAAUUGUAUACUUGCAAAAGCGAAGAAUGUGGACAGGAGAUAUUUGGAUGUAGAAGAGAUUUAUUUUUAUGUACCUACUAAGAAUUCCAUCAUGUUAACUUCAUCUAUUGAAAUUUUAUGAAUAAUUAUAUUCCAUGAGCAAAUUUCUUUUAUUGUUAUAAAUACUCUUGAAAUGACUGUGUACUAUACUUGUAUAUAUAGCAUUAAGGAAAAACUUAGUUUUAUGAAAAUCAAGUUAUUUAAAAUUAUUUUAACAUUUCAUUUCGUUUAAUACGUUUACUGUUCUACAAUUUUACAUUAUUACAUUAUAGUGCGUAAGAAAUAAGUAGUCAUUACAGAGUAAGGAUAAGUUUGUGAAAUAAACAUUUUUCAACAGAAUUUUUUGAAUUUUUAUUUCUAGUUACAACAAAUUAUAGCGCAACAACUUAUUAUAAAAUUAUCCAUUCCAGUUCACAAUUUGAACCAGUUUUCUAAACAGAAGUACAGCAUAAGUGAAAAAAAAAAAUGAAAAUGUAAUUACAGAAUCACAAUACACUUUAUUUUGAAGUUGUAGAUUUUUUAAGAAGAUGUGGUUACAAGGAAAAAAAUCAACGUAAAUAAUUUAAAUUUUCCAACAAUUAAAACUUUUCAACAAUUGAUAUUUUUCGUUGUAUCAACUUAUUGCGUACGAAAAAUUUCAUGCCACUAAGAUAUAAUCAGCCUGUGAUAGACGCUUACAAUGCACCCAGGAAAUUUAGAAUAUUCCUUGGAUUAUAAUUAAGACAAAUACCCUUAGCGUAAAUAAUAGUACUCACAUCAAUAUCAUUAAAUCGGCUUAAUUAUCCUGAUAUAAUGAGACAUUAUACAUAUACAUAUUAGGAAUAUUUCUGUGGUACUCCCGUACUCGCAGUCCGCAGAUACCAAAAAGUACAUAUAUAUACCUACAGGUACCUUGCUGAGAUCAAAAAAUGUUGUGGUGAGGACAAUUUUUUAUCAAAUUAAUAACUCGGAGUCGUUAAAGAUACUGCUUAUAACUUAACUGGACGUUCUAAUUAAAUUGAACAUUGCAGCUGUAAAAACAAUAACCGGACAUAGUUACGUAUUCAUCUAAUAAAAAAUCCAUAUCAUCAAUCAUGCAAAUAUAUAGUAAAUGUAGAUGUAACAAAAAUGACGAUGCCAAAAAAUCAUCUAAAAUCAAAGUAGCACCAGAUUUAAAAUAAAUACAAUAGCAAAUUAUUUUACCACGAUACCGAGCUAUCCUUGUCUUUUUAUUGAACAAUUGUCGAGGAAAUAUCACACGCGUAGGGGGAUAGCUUCCAGAUUGAUUUUCUAUUUCAUGCCAUAUGAACGUGGCCAAGAAAGACAGACCAAUAACCGAGAAACAUAUUUAAUUCAGUGGGGACCAACGAAAUUUUAUAUGAAAUUUUUCUCGACAUUUCCGCUGUAAAUACGUCAAGGUCAUGUUCGUAAAUCGCAGGCAUCACACUUGACACAACAAUCAAGUAAUGGAUGACAAAAUUUCUCGAUAUCCUUUUGCAAAGAAGAAAAAUGAGUA